AUGGGCCACUACAAUCUCGGUGCCGGUAAACUGCCUUUCACGGCGUACGGAAAACGAACUGUUUCUGCCAAUGUGGCCCGCGGAUGGAUAUAUACAAUAUCGGAAGGCUGUUUGCCAUUGACUACAACAUCUUACUCAAAUGAUGUCAAACGCGGAUACGCCUCUACAGCUGUAUGGACUAACAUGAAAUUGCAAUUUAAUAGCUCUGUCUUAUUCCGUCCAUCUCAAUCUUGUCAAUCAACCGCAAGUUCUACGCGUCACAUUAAUGAAUUUGAUUUGAUGAAAGACAUUCACAGUAAAUCUAGUCAACCGUUAGAUGAGAAAAAAACUAAAUUUAUAAGUAGAAUAAAUAAAUUCAUGGAUAAAGUUGAGAUGGAACGUCAGCAAGAAAACCUUCGUUAUCUAGAAGAAAUGAAGCAGCGCCAGGAAAAGUAUCGUAUGCAGCAGGAACUAGAGACAUACGAACGUUUAGCAGAAUCAGAACUCAGGGAAGAAGACGGUAACUAUGAAGAUGAUGAUGAUGAGGAUUUGAAUUGGGAAUAA